CAUUGUCCCGCUGCCAGGUCUGCCACUGGCUCUCGGAUCUUCAUCGAGGAGCCAAUGACGGCGCUAAUCAUGACAAGCUACUGCAGGAGGGUGUCUGGGAUUUGUGCAGAAGAUGAGCUUGCAGGGGGCUUGAUUGGGUGGGUGGGAUGAUGCGCAUGUUGGACGUCUCUUUGAAGUCGGACCAGCCUGGGACUAGGACUAGGGGAUUGUUACUCAUAAAGGAGGCUUUUUUAAUGAAGGGCUAGAGCUUGGGGUAAGCUGUCUGGUGGGGAUGUUUUAUUUUUAAUUUCUUGAUUCUUUCUCUUUUUGAUGCCAUCGGUUCGGCAUACUUUUUUUAAAAGCUAGUCUCGUUUACUUUUUCUCCCUCCCUCUUCUUCGUUCUCUACAAGUUGUGUGUUUGAUCGAGUACGCGUACGCUGGUGUGGCUAUUUCCUUGGUGUUUUGUUCGGAAGUCUAUUCGCCUUUGUGCGGAUUUGGUGUCGUUUCAUCGUUGCGUUGUUUCGGGGAGUUGCCUUGUCGUGGUAUUAAUAGAAGGUGCUGGAUUUCUUUGUUGCCUCUGCCUGGAGACCUGGAAAGUGUGUGCGCAUUUUCUGCAGGAUCAUCAUCUUGCAUCUUGUCAUCUGCAGCAGUCAUCCACUUCUCUCGCUGUCUUCUGCAUUACAUCUCUUGAUACAUGUUCUUUGAUCCUACAUAUCAGCAAACAAAAUGCCUUCUCGACGGCCUCAACAGCCCCAACUGCAGGUCCCAGUCCUUCCAGCCUUCCCCCUCUCAUCCCCCAUCAGCGAGGAAAUCUCGAGUCCAUCAUGUUCAUCCGCAGAGGAUCGAGAUUUGGAGCGUACCCGGCCAUUUGACUUUCUAGUCAAAGCGACUAGACACAAAAUCGAGUCGAGAUCAGGAAAGGAUGGCAAUCAUUCGCCUAGUCUGUCUCACCGGGAUCGACAUGAUCAUAACAAACGACACAGUAUUCGGGGUAUCAUGAAGAAACGGAAGAAUGUAGCAAAACCUGUGGGGUUGAAUUUAGUCACGGACUUUUCACUCGCGGCGCCGCCGAAGAAACAACCUGAUAAUGGACCCGCGCCGUUUGUCGACUUGAACGAUCUCAAAUUGUUGUCCAAGGAUCGGGCGAAGGAACGAUCUGGGCAGGGCAAGGACUCGACGGUUACUAAUGACGAUCCAUCCGUGAUCAUGAAUUCGUCGAAUAUCUCCCGGAAGAGAGCAUCCUUCCACCAGCUUCCUGAGGAAACCAGCCGCAUACAAAACGAGACUGCGAAUCCAUUUCUGGACCCGAAACUCGAGAAUCCCUUUAGUGAUAGAUUCGAUCAUGGCCUCUCGCCCUCUGAUCGACAUGUCAUGAUCGGUCUGUCCGUGCCUCGCAACGAGUCUUCGCAUCAUAUGAGGGAAAUUGAUAGCGCCGGGACACCCCUUACACCUUCCAUCGUUGUGACGCCCGCCCGUGAAGAUGCCCCCUGGUCGACAUCCAGUCCGGAAGGUCUGCGGCCCCGCGCAACGUCAAGUAUCUAUUCCCAACCCACGCCUCGACUGUGGCAAAAUGGUCCGGAUAUCCCGCCAGUACCGGUUAUACCAGCGGAACAUUCAACAAAGAAUACGGGCGAGUCGGAUUUCCUGAGGGCCCAUGUUGCGGCUAUGACUCGCAAACGCAGGUCUAUGUCUGUGGAAACUCUUAUUGAGGAUGAUAUUGCGGAUCACGGACACGUGCAUGAAUCCCUGGAUGAUAACGAUCAGACUGCCUUGACAAGACUCAGUGUCAAUACCCAGGCGACCAGACCCGAGUCCCAGGGGUGGUGGACAUAUCUUCUUUCCCCACUCCUGGGGAAGAAAAGUCCUCUGAGUCCGUUGUUUCCUCGGGGUGCAGCCCCCAGUGCGCCAAGUACGAGAGGCACACACAAAGAGUGGUGGGAGAAAGAAGUUUCCUGUUUCUCUCCCGAAACGCCAGAGUCGGCCGUGCCGAGUCAAUGGCAAGAGGACAAGAAAAGUCUCGAGCAAUCUCGGUCCCUUGGAGUCAAUGACGAGCCGGUCUCGUCGGCCAAGAGGCAAACCACUACAUCGAUGAUAUUCGGUGGACGACCUAUCCAGGGCGAAGCCGCGGAGUAUUAUCAAGCAUGUGCCCACGAACUGUUCAGCAAAACACCCUAUUUCGAGUGUUGCAACCAUAUCUGCUCUAUUACACCGGAGGCCGUUGUAGCGGCCAUCUAUGCUGCGCAAUUUCAGGCUGAUAAAGGGGAGACUCGAGAUCGGGGAUUGAUCUUUGCUGAAGCCCAGGCACAGCAGAAGGAUCGCAGUUUGCCCGGAACAUUGGCUGGGAAUAAGGGUCUUCUUAUUGAUGUUGACUCGCCCACGGAAGAGAGCGCUAAGGGUAUUGAGCAUUCGAAGGAGAUUAAUUCGCCUGCGUCGACUUGUUCCUCGGAUUCUUGGUCUUCGAGUAUCACCGAUGAGAACGAAGUCGAGCAUGAGAAAGGCUUAUCUGGACCAACACAGGAGACGACUCGAGGAGUCGUUCCUGAUGCUCCAAUUGCGCAACCGGCUCAACAUCCCCCUGCUGCAGUGCCAGUUCAUGAGCCUGCUCCUGUUCCUACAGCUUUCAUGCCCGAGCCUCCACCUCCGGGUCCAAUUCCAAUAGCUCCUGCAGUCAUGCCCGAAGCACCACCGCCACUCCCAGCACCAGCACCGGCUCCUCAGAUUAUCAACACCAUUUCACCACCAACGAAUAACAUUCACUAUAUGCAGCCGCCUAUCGCAACGCCAUCAGAACCCGUUCCGAUAGAAAGGGCAGCUCCGCAAUACGGCUCUACUUUCCCCCCUGUGAACGAGCCCCCACCUCCAGCGCCCAUGCCACAAGAACAACCGCGAGCAAUGAAUGAGUGGCCAAUAGUUCCUCCCCCUGCAGCACAUGAUCCAACACACGGGGAGUCAACAAGAGCUGCCCCGGUCCCUGCACCUAUGGCACCGUUCCCAACUUCCGAGCCAUUGCAGGAGAAUCAUGUACCACCACCGAAUCCAAAUCACAAUGAGCCAAUUUCACCUGCAUUCCAGCGUGCUGCGGGGGGACCGGGAGCCAUUCCAAUGAGCUCGAUGAAUGAAGUACAAGUACCGGCACCAGCAUACGGUCAAUACACCCGUGACGAAGCAGCUCUGCCUCCACGAUAUGCACUUCAUCCAGCCCCUGGGGCAGCCAUUAUGAAUCCCACCGGUGAAAGAGGACCAGGAGAAGCCCGGCGUCAGAGAUUAGAAAGGGAGGAUGCAAUUGGCAGAAAGAUUGGCGGGUUCUGGCGCGGACGGGCCUGUUUCAGCAAAAAGGGUUGCUUUGGCCGUCCAGGCCGUGAAGGUCGCACGAAACGGCGCUGGUACUUUUGUAUUUGCAUGUUCUUCCUGAUCAUUGUGGUUCUGGCUAUUGUGCUAGCACUCACAUUAACCAGAAAGGGCGACAGAACUCCAGUCCAGUCCCAGUGGCUCAAUCUAACGGGGUACCCCCCCAUGCCAACGGGUAUCUCUACAGUCGCCGGAGCCGAACCUCAGCUCGAGAGGUCAAGCUGUAUCAAACCCUCCUCUCUAUGGAGCUGCGCACUUCCCAAGGGUCAGCAGUCCGAUAACAAGCCCUACGCCGCAGACGAGCCCAACUUCCGUCUCGAGAUCCGCUUCCGCAACGGGACAUACAAUCACAGCACGGUUCCAAUCUCAAGCAAAACCCGUCGAGCAGAUGCCAAUUCUUGGGAUCCAUCACCCUCACCACCAAGCAUCGCAGAUCAAACAUUCAUAGGCAACACAACGGAUGGGAACUCCCUGCCCUACGCCGGCGAAGAAACUCCAUUCUACCUGACUAUCCUGUCACCCCUUAAAAUAACAUCCACUUCCCUCUACCGCCGCUCCUCAACAAAUGACACAACACUCUUCCCAAACUUGACAGCCGUCAUUCCCGCCCCGUCUGAGAACUCGGACGGCACAGCCGCAGCCGCAACACUCUACCCACUCCCCGAAUCCCAACCGGUCCGCCUAUAUAACCGCGGCAAAGACAACGAACACUACGGGUUCUACACAUACUUUGACAAAUCAAUCUUCCUCGCCUCCCGCGCCCCUCUAAACGGCAGCGCAACCGACUCCUCCCCCCUCGACACGGACGGGGGCUCCACCGAAUCCGACGCCGUCACCCGCUGCACCUGGUCCCAAACACGCUUCCUCGUGCAAAUCUGGACUCAGCCGUCGAAAAUGGGCUACACGCUCGUCAAGGCUAGUGGGAAUAGCUCAAGCAGUACGAGCACGAGUACCGUCUCCACAGCAACGGCUACAACUUCCACGUCCUCGCCGACAUCAUCUUCGUCGGCGACCGAUUAUACACGACCCGGCUCAUUCCCGUAUCCGAUUAGUAUUACCAUUGAUCGACACGGUGGCGCGGAGAAGAAGAAGUUGCUGUAUUGUUACGGUCUGGAGAGUGAUCAGCAUUAUAAUAUCACGGAUCGGAAAUUGCAGCUUGAAGACAGAGGGUUCGGGGGCACUUUGAUUAAUCCCGCGUCGGGGAUAUUCGAUGAUUUGGAGGGGGAUUCGAAUUCGACUUCGAGUUCCGGGUAUGGUGGGACUGAUGGGGGCACUGGGGGUUGUGCUUGUCGAUGGGCGAAUUGGGUCGUGAGGUCUUGAGCAUGAUUGGGGUUUGGAUUUGGGGGAUUUUUUUCGUUUCUUGCAUAGAGCAUCGUUUGUGAUGCCUUUCCUUUGUUUUGAUACAAAAUUUCAAAGAUUCUUUCGUGUCACAUUAGGUCACAUUUCCUCUUUACGGUCUAUAUCAAGUGG